CCUUUGUCAACUGCCCACCCCCUUCUCUGAGGUCGCUGGAGACACACCCCUGGGACUAAUGCGCAGGCGCCGUUCUUCCCCACUCGCGGUGGGCUGUCUCGUUACGCAUGCCCGGACGGCGGCGGGACAUUCCACGGAUUUUACCGCCGGAAGUUCGGCGGCCAUUACCAAAGAGUGGGAGUUUGGCUGACUAGCUAGAGGGGCUUGUUUCCGCCCGCUCCUGGGUGGUGGGCGGCCAUUUUAGGUGCGUGCAAUUAAGGGCUGUGGCGGGAUUGGCUCCGCGUCUAGGUUCGUCUGCUGCUUCCCACCUACCAGGGCCGGAUCCGGAGCCCUUCCCCGCGGGGCGGGACCUCGCAGCGGCCGACUCCUUUCCAGGUGAAGGGUAACCCGGCCGAAGAAACACUUAAGUUCUGGAAAUUGCGACUCAGUAUCAUGGCCGGCAGCCCUAAUGAAGAUUCAGAAGGAAGCAGAAUCACUUAUGUGAAAGGAGACCUUUUUGCAUGCCCCAAAACAGACUCUUUAGCGCACUGUAUCAGUGAGGAUUGUCGAAUGGGUGCUGGGAUAGCUGUCCUCUUCAAGAAGAAAUUUGGAGGAGUGCAGGAACUGUUAAAUCAACAAAAGAAAUCUGGAGAAGUGGCUGUUCUGAAGAGAGAUGGGCGAUAUAUAUAUUACUUGAUUACAAAGAAAAGGGCUUCACAUAAGCCAACUUAUGAAAACUUACAGAAGAGUUUAGAGGCCAUGAAGUCCCACUGUCUGAAGAAUGGAGUCACCGAUCUCUCCAUGCCCAGGAUUGGAUGUGGUCUUGAUCGUCUGCAAUGGGAAAAUGUAUCUGCAAUGAUUGAAGAGGUGUUUGAAGCCACAGACAUCAGAAUUACUGUGUACACACUGUGAACAGAUGCGUGGUGUGGAUGUGUCCACGUUCUCCUGUGUGAUCCCUACUGGACUGUAGCACUGGACGAACUGACCUGAAAACAGUCUGAGGAAAGAUUCGUGUGAAGUAGUCUGUGUCACAGGCCAGACUUGGGUUGCUGUAUUCUCAUGAUGGGACUGGGACUCUGGAGGAGGGAUUGCUUGGGAAAUGUUGCUGUGAUUUUUUUUUUUUUCCUUCAGGAAGGUAAGGAGUAGAAUGCCUCAUAUUAGGCAAGGAAAUCAGAUGUUGGGCCUCUGACCUGUUUUCAUCCAGGAUACGACCUGACUUGUUUGGCUUGCCAGUAGGUGGCAGCACUGAUUCUACUUUUCUGCUGUUUAAGAGAAAUUUCAGGAAGGAUGAACAUUUCAAUUAGUUUUGCGUCUUUUGUCAUUUGUGAGCUUGCUUGGUAUUAUCCUUAUGUCAUUCUAGGAGAGAAUUAUGGGUUUUAAGUUACAAAAAUGAGUCUUAGGUUGUUAACAAGAAAUUUGUGGUGACAGAAAAGGAAAAAUAAACAUCUUUUUCUUGGGGGUCCAAUGAGGUUCUGUGCACACGGCUGUUGUUCUGGACCUGGGUAAUGGAGGAUUCGCCUGUAACUAAUUGGGAAGAAUCAGACAAAAGGUCCAGUGGGAAGAGCAGCAGGGUGAGAAGAAAUAAGAACGGACAAGAACUGUGGGUCAGCAUUACUGGAAAGGCAGAUGUUUAGAAUCUCCUCAUGGUGAACUCUUGCUCUCUUCUGUCUACCACAUAGCUUCUGCAAUUGAACGGGUCUGAAUUCAGUCAUGGAAUAAAUGAAAUAAUGUA